UUACUUUCAUCCUCAAGUUUGCUCCGUUGACAUGAUUAGCUACGAAGUUCUUCUCUAAGUACACUUAACCUUGGUUUCUCCUGAAUAUAAACGAAUCAACCUAAAUGUACGCUCGCUUCUUAGCUUUGUGUAAAGUCAGUGUUAUCCAGCUUCUGUUGUAACUCUAGUCCAUCGCGCUACUACAACGAAUUAUCUAGCUUUGUCGCCUUCCAUUGAUCCUUUAGGAGAUUCUUUCUCUAUGUUUAGUGACUUGACUUAUAUAUACUUUAGUAACCCACCAAAGUAAAGAUGUUGUGCUGUACCGCGAGAACGUAUUUAUUGUGCGCACGGUGUCGCGUUUUUCCAAAAUAGUGGCUCUGGUCCAUGCGUCAGAUGGGAAUACAGAUCCAACGCGUGAAUUAUAAUAAUAAUAAUAUAUGAUAGGUCUACCCAUAAUGCCGUUUUUGCAAGAAACGUUUUGGAAACGAAUCAAUAACAAGUCUUUACAUUUUAUACACAGACCCUUUCCUCCCUCUCCAUAGUCUUCCCUGGCUCUAUCCUCAACCUAAGCAGGACCAAUGGAGGUGUCCCAUUCGAUCAGGGAGCGCACCAUAGCAGAGAACAGUCUAGUGAUCCUUCUCCAGGGGCUUCAGGGGGAGGUGACCACCGUGGACCUGAGGGAUGAAAGCACGGCGAGGGGGCGUGUGGUCAACGUGGACGCCUUCAUGAACGUGCUGUACCGGGACCGCCGCGGACGGCUCAGUCAGCUGGCCGAUCUGUUUAUCACGGCCAGGAACGUGCGCUACGUCCACAUUCCCGACCACGUGGACAUCAUGGAGACCAUACAGACCCAGCUGACCAGGAUCAGACGCGUUCGCAACUUUGCCAGCGAUAAAGGCGGCAGGAAGGAGUAUCAAAAGAAAAAGAACUGAACUUGGAAGGGUGGAGGACGUUGUGUUGGCCCCAAGGGGCUGACCUUUUCUGACCUGAGUUUCAGCUCCUUGUCACUCAUGGUCAUCCCAAACGUGUGGCUUGACAAUGAGCAAUGGAGUUGGCAAGAGCACAAACAGAUCUGUGACCAGGCUAUACUGAAUUGAUAAAAUAAUUGAACUUGAAGAGUGGUAUUCUCAUCCACCAGUUGGCUUUCUCUCUGUCUAUGUGGUUGGCUAGCAAUUGAACCAGGGGACGAGGUUAGAAGGGUGGAGGUUGUGUUGCCCCAAGGAGCCUUCCAUCACCGCUCAUUUCAAAUUGUGCAAUUUCUCCUUGUUUCAUUAAUGAAAUUGUGACUCCAGAACAGAAGAAUAUGAAUUUGAAUUGAUUCUCACAAGUUACAUGUGUCAUCCUUGAGUCUUUAUGUUCAUAAUGCUAAAUUGAACAUGAUAACUCACAGAGGGUGACAGGUUCUCCUCUAAUCCAAGGAAAGAAAACAACUAAAGUUUAAGAAUGUCAAUAGUUGGCAUUGUCAAGACUUUUCUUUGGUAAAUAAAGACUAUUCCUUUGGAUGCUUAAGUGUUUUUGAUUCUCAUUUUGCUCCAUCUCUUGUUGAAAUACUUUGAAUAAACAUUCCUUUUUUAAA